CACUCGAGCAGUGGGCCCCUCCCGGCCCUCCGAGGAGGCCCGGCUGCGACCCGGGCCGCGCGCGCUGAGGAGCUACACGGAUCUCCUCGCGGCCGCUUCUCCUAGUCCCGGCUUUCAGCCCAGUCGCUCCCGGCGGCUCCGGGCUCGCCGGCUGGCGGGGAGUGGCCUCAAGAUGGACGAAGGCGGUGGCGGUGAGGGCGGCAGCGUGCCUGAAGACCUGUCAUUAGAAGAGCGAGAAGAGCUUUUGGACAUUCGUCGAAGGAAAAAGGAGCUUAUUGAUGACAUCGAGAGGCUGAAAUAUGAAAUUGCAGAAGUGAUGACAGAGAUUGAUAACUUAACUUCAGUGGAGGAAAGCAAAACUACUCAGAGGAACAAGCAAAUAGCCAUGGGAAGAAAGAAAUUCAACAUGGACCCCAAAAAGGGUAUUCAGUUCCUAAUUGAGAAUGACCUGCUGCAGAGCUCCCCAGAGGAUGUCGCCCAGUUUCUGUACAAAGGAGAGGGCCUGAACAAGACUGUCAUUGGAGACUACCUGGGUGAGAGGGAUGAUUUUAAUAUCAAAGUUCUUCAGGCUUUUGUUGAGCUUCAUGAGUUCGCUGAUCUCAACCUUGUCCAGGCCUUAAGGCAGUUUCUAUGGAGCUUCAGACUUCCUGGAGAGGCGCAGAAGAUCGACCGCAUGAUGGAGGCUUUUGCAUCACGAUACUGCCUGUGCAACCCUGGGGUCUUCCAGUCCACAGAUACUUGCUAUGUGCUGUCCUUCGCCAUCAUCAUGCUCAACACCAGCUUGCACAACCACAAUGUGCGAGACAAGCCUACUGCCGAGCGCUUCAUCACUAUGAACCGUGGCAUCAACGAGGGUGGAGACCUUCCUGAGGAACUGCUGAGGAACUUAUAUGAAAGUAUCAAGAAUGAGCCGUUUAAGAUCCCGGAAGAUGAUGGGAAUGAUUUGACACACACAUUCUUCAACCCAGACCGUGAAGGCUGGCUGCUGAAGCUGGGGGGACGUGUGAAGACCUGGAAACGGCGCUGGUUCAUCCUCACAGAUAACUGCCUCUACUACUUCGAGUACACUACGGACAAGGAGCCCAGGGGGAUCAUCCCACUGGAGAACCUCAGCAUCAGGGAGGUGGAGGACCCUCGGAAACCGAACUGCUUUGAGCUGUACAACCCCAGUCACAAAGGGCAGGUCAUCAAAGCCUGCAAGACAGAGGCAGAUGGCCGUGUGGUGGAGGGGAACCAUGUUGUAUACCGGAUCUCCGCCCCUAGCCCCGAGGAGAAGGAGGAGUGGAUGAAGUCCAUCAAAGCAAGCAUCAGUAGGGACCCGUUCUAUGACAUGUUGGCCACAAGGAAAAGGAGGAUUGCCAAUAAGAAAUAGGUAAAUGCCAAGACCCAGACUCCACAGCAGAUGCACUGGCUACUCACAGGCAGCAGGACAAGGGGAAUGUGCUGCCCAUGGGUCCUCCAGAACAGCUAGCCAAGGCCCAAGCCCUCAAAGCCUUGUGCUGUCCUCGGGGAUGUUGGUCAGCUGUGUUUCCUUCCUACCACUGUCCUGGCAUUGACCUUUGGGGACCCUUGUCAAAACAGCACCUGGUGACACAGCCUCAGGACCUACACAGCCCACAGGGGACUCCUUUUCUGGAGCCAGAGCCUCAUCCACACCAUGCCACACCUGCUCUUUCGGGCAGCACUAGCUGUUCUAGAAGUCGCUGUUUUAUAUCAAAAUGGGAAAGGAAAACCUACCAUUUUUUUAUCCAGAAUUUUUCUCAGAUAUAUAGGAUUAUAGCUUUUAUAUGCCUUUUUAUAUUCUGAAAAUUAUAAUGAAAGAUACUUAAUUUCUAACAGUAGUAUUUUUAGAAUGGCAGCUAUAAACUUCACUCCUGGACACAAGUAUAUACUGUGCACUGAAAACAGUCUAUAUAUGCAGCCCCCAAGCACUUGAGUGGAAGCAGCCACUCUGAAUGAUGAGCACUGGGGUAACCGUGAAGACCAGGAUGCUUGAGACUCCAGUUGUGGCUAACUGCCACUUCCCCUCUUAUACUUCUCUAGAGACGAAUCACUAAAAUAUGGUUAUGGCUCGGGAUGUUUAGCCUGUCAGUGUUGAGGCCUUUCCCUGAAAACAGGCUGUUUAUGUGUUUACCACAUGAAACUGUUGUCUGACCUUCACACAUGACAGUUCCAUGUGGUCCAUCUGCACAUGGCUCACGUUGGCUUCGGUACUUUUGUUGCUUGCUGUUUCAAACUUUUGGUUCAGUGCUCACUGACAUAGUAAUUAGAGCCAAUAUUUUGAUGUGUUGACUAGGCGUAAGCAGCCAGAAGUAACUCACCUAUCCCCUGGUAGUGCCAGGUUCUCCAAUGUUUUCCCCUUUCGAGGAGGGGGAAAAGCUGAAGGUGGCACUUAGGCUAACCUAUGGCAAUAGAACCCUAUAUACACCAGGGUGUGAUUUCAGGGUACUGUGUGCUUGGGCUGAGACAGGGACAGGGUAAGGUAGUAGGGCCUUUUCUGUUGCACUUCUGGGGAGGCCCAUUCAUAAUUUGGAGGACCCUCUUGAGGCUGCAUGUGGCAUGUUUGGAAAAUAGCCUUCCCUGCUGAAGUGCUUGCCUACUCUGUCUGCACAGACACACCUGGAGUUGCAUUCUAAGGGUCCUUGAAAACCUUCAACCAAAUGCACUUAGACAUGACUUUCUGUGGGCUGUCUUGAGGCUCUUUGCCUCAGAGGUAGCUGUCACAUAAGAUUUUGGGGAUGGUGGUCAAGGCCAAAACUCCCUCAUGUACCAGACUUUUUGGUUUAUUCCUGUGCUUCUAGGCUUUUACUUUUACUAAUACCUCAAAUCUGAAACCUUUGUUUGAGCUGCCUGGCUGGUGUGUAUGCAGCCUGGCUUCCAGUCUUCCAUGAUCCCUACACUCACAGCCUUCACCACCUCAGACCAGAGCUUGCUGCUGAUUGAGCACCUGUGUGUGUUGGGGGGCAGGAGGUGGGGAACUGGUAUGCCUUCCAUCAGGACUCUGGUGAAUCUGCCUUCUCAUGUCCAACCCAAGUAUGGUCCUGGGGAUACAGCGCUCUUUGUUGGAUGUUGAGGAUGUUAAGCAUGAGGCCACCUCAUGGUGUCUUUAAUGCCAUAGCCAUCUUUGAGGGGACUUUGCUUUAUGGCUGUUGGUUGGCUGAUGGCUGUUGGUGCUAAGAAUCCUAAGUUACUGGCUCUCAGAGUAUCUACAUGGAGUCACCUAACUCAGGUUAUGUUGUGACAGUAUUAACCCCAAGGGUAUCUGGCCACUUCCAGGGCUCGCAAAGGCUCGGUCAUAGUCACGCCCUUUGACUGCACUCAUCAUCGAAAGCAUUAAGCCUUGCUCUGGCCAAAGACAGUUUCCUGUCCUGCUGGGCCCUGAUGUCAUUUUCAGGUGUAGGUAUACUGGCCCUGGAGGUGUCAGAACACUUGAGUGACGGGUCCCAUCAUCUACCUAGGAGCUGUUGGAGAUGCAGCAGCUCUGUGCUUUGUGUCAUGUAUUUUCAGAGCGACAGCUGUGCUUUGCUGACAAGUUAGGUCUGUUACAGACCAGAAACCACAAGUGAUUUCUUUCUUUUUAUCUUAGAAAACAUUUCUAUUUACAAUAAAUAGUUACUAUGUAAAUAAUGUACAUAUGUAUUAAUUUCUGCAGUGUUUGUUAGACAAUGUACAUACUCUCACAACCUGCAUGAAGAAAUAUCCUAUUACUGUUGAUAUCAGAACUUCUGGCUAUUUUAUUGCAAAGCAAACCGCUAGUAAUGGAGGGCUUACAGCUGUCAGAACUAUUGCAAGUACUGUGUUCCCUAAAUAAAAACAUACUGCUAAA